AUGUCUAGCCUUAAAGAGUUCUUAGAAAAAAAAGUUAGAGUAAUAACAACCGAUGCCCGUUUAUUUGAAGGAACACUCGAAGGAUUUGAUAAUUCAACUAAUGUUAUCAUUAACAAUUGCAUAGAAAGAUUGAUUUACCCCGAUGAAGAAGACGAGAACCAGGAAAUACCGUUAGGCUUAUAUUUGAUGCGAGGAGGAAAUAUUGUUUGUAUUGGAGAGAUCGAUGAUACAAUAGAUACUACCAUAGAUUGGACUAAAAUCAAAGGAGAGACAUUAAAAGGAACAAAAAAUCCUUUAUAA